UGAUAUAAGAAUAAAUAAUGUGAAAUGCUGAUAUUCACACUGUCUAUUGUUUUAUUAUUUUCAAUUUGUAUAUUACUAUAUUCACAUAUAAACACAAGUUGUCAAAUCAUCACGACAAUUUGUAAUAUUAUUAUAUUACAAAUAUACUGUGCGCUUUAUUGGAAAAUUGAGAAAUGGAAGAGUUAAAUGGUGAAAGAAAAGGGACUUCAAAAUAUUUCGCUGAUGGGUUCUUUUAUCAUAAAAUGAAAAGCAAGGAAGAAUCAGACAAAAAUAAAAAGGAGAAAAUCAUUUAUCGAUGUGCAACACGGGCAAGUACUUCCUGUACUGCUACAGCAGAAGAAGAUGAAAGUACUAAGGAAGUAAAAUUUUUCGGAUGUCAUAUUGAUAAACCAGUAGCUCAUGGAGCAACUUUGUGUCGAUUGAAAGAAAAAAUGUUACUCAUGGCUGAAAACACGUCUUUACCUUUGCGAUCUAUUUACGAUCAAGUUCUCGAAGACCAAUUAGAAGAAAUAAAGAAAUUGGUUAAUUUUGAAUCAGUCAAAACUAUGAUGAGCAGGAAAAGAAAUAUAAAUGCGGGACAAAUUCCGGAAACAAUGGAAGGCUUUGCAGAGAGUUUAGAAAAUAAUAUUUUUUUAAAAGGUUAUUACCAAGAAACUAUAACUGUGGGUGAAUCGUGUGCAACGAUAUUUAUGUCUAAUCUAAUGAGUACAUUUUUGCGAGAAAACACAUUUUCCACUGGAUACAUUGAAGACUCGAUUCGUCUUCCUUCCAUGAAACAUGAUUUUUCGCAUCUUUACACUGUGAGUGUGAAAAAAAAUGAGAGCAAAAUAGAUCCGAUUUAUACGCCAAUAUGGAUUUUGAUGUCUGAUAGGAGUUUACAAUAAUAUGAUGCGGUUUGGUGUAAAAUUAGAGAAUUAAUACCAUCGUUGAAAGUUGAGCAAAUCAAAUGCGGUUUUAAAGAAAACUCUGUAAAUGCUAUUCAUCAAAAUUUGAAAGAAUCAAUUCUUCAAGGAACUUGGCAUCAUUAUAUAAUAGUAAUAAUUAAUUGUUUAAAAAGUACUGCAUUUUUCAGAUUA